AUGCCACCCAAAAGUGCAGAAGUUGAUCCUGAUGUCGCGAGCAGCGCAGAAGAGUUACCACACGACCAAAGCGACACAACUUCCAAUAGACCGAAUCUAAGAGCAAAGAGAACACCAGCACCACUGUUGCAGAGCGGUGAUACGACCUCCAACACCAGGAGAGCGGGGCGGAGCAACGGUCCUAGAUCUACAGACAGUCUCAAUGAGUCCCAGCAUAUUUACCAGGACUUGGAAGCACAGAGAGAAGAACUCUCGCGAAAUCUGAAAGAGACGAAGGAAGAAGCCGAGAUACCCAGGUUCGAGGAGCACCUCACAAACCGAGCUCGAGCGCAAGACAUCAAUGACAGAAAUCGGAUAGCUCUCGUUCGUGUGGCCAACAAGGCGGUAGGCGGGCAAGAGAAAUUCGACCGUGUUUAUCUCCAAGACAUUGAUAAGGUGAAAGACCGAAUACAGCAGUCCAUACGGGAUGGGCAGCCACCUGGGCUACUUUCAGGAGACGAUGCUUACGAUAAAUUCCUACGUCCAAUUCUCAAAUCGUUGGAAGAUGAUAAAGUGGGUCAAACGGAGACACUCGAUUACAACAACAUGGGCCCACAUCACCUACAUGUCAGGAUACCAAGGGCAAAGAGUCAAGCUGUGGGAUUAGGUAGACCGCGAUUUCCGCCACUCGAUCCGCCGAUCAAUUUGAAACUUGAUGUCGAUGCCAUUGAGAAGAGAAGGAAGAAAGUGGAAGAUGAAAAUAAGGAUGAAGAGAUGGACGAGUCACACUCAGAACGUCGAGCACGAGAGACUGGGCUUUCGGAAGGACUACCGACAGAUAGUCAUGUUAAUGACGCAUUAGCAACAGCGAAUGAUCUUAGCAGGACGCGACUGGAGAGUGGCCUGUUCAUUUCAGCGGGCGAGACAUGGAACGACUGGGAGACUUCCGACGAGCGAGAUGCACCGAAUGAGCUUUACGACCCGCCGACCGAGGAGGAGAUGCCAGAUGAUGACAGCGACUCUAGUGACGACGAAAACGACUUGUUUGCAAUCAGUUACCGCGAAUGCAGUGGUUUGGCAGGUUGUCCCCGUGGUGGCGGCGGUGGUGGUGGUAGCGAUGACAAUGAUAGUGAUGAUGAUGGCAAUAGUGAAAAGGGGGAAAAGAAAGACACCAAUGAUCCAGGAGCACCAGCCAACCCUGCUGGUGGGCCGCGAACUGGGUCCGAACCUCGACCUCAAUCGCCAAGAAAGAAAGCGAAAAAACAUGACUACACGCAAUACAAUCGCCCACAAGUCCGUACAGCUUUGAAGUAUCGAGAGCAAGCUCAGAGUGCUCAGUAUGUUACGGAGCUCCACAAGCGUGCUAAUGAUUAUGACGACAACCCGAAACAACCUGGUACUAUUCAUCACUAUAUCCUGAAGGAUCGGAGUGUCGCAAAUCGUCUUGAGAAAAGGAUUACUGAACUGGGUGAAGGUUGGUCGACUGAAUAUAAAAAAGAACUCGAUGAGCAGAAUAAGAAUGGCGAACAAGUAGAUACUGACGUAUCCGAAGAGAACUCUCCCGCGUCAACCGGGAAGGGGAAAGCUAAGAAGACAUCUAAAUCUAAGGCAAAGAAGACGCAGCCAAAACGCAAGAGCAAGAAGUAG